ACUCACUUGCACAGAAAUUCCCCUCGUCUUAUUCCCGCUCGUCGUUAGUGCAUCCCCGCACCUAAGUACAUGUAACUUGAAUCUUCCAAUCUCGAGUGGCAUAGUAUCAGAUGUUUAUUGCCGAUCGACGGAAAAGCUUUGCGACUAUUGCCAAGCCCAAGUGGCUGGCCUAGGUCGUGAUGCUAUACGAAACUCGCAGAUGAUGUAUAUAUUCAACGCUUGCCCCUCUCGUCACUGGCUUUGAUUUCUCUUUCCCAUCAUCGCGUCGUUCUCCGACCAUUUGCCACACACAGGAACUCAUCCAAAUCAUCUUUUUCAAACCACGCAUCAUGUCUUCCAUCGCCAGAGACGACAAGACAUCACCGACCUUCAUCCCGCUCGCCGGCGUAGCUCAGGACGGCUGGUCCACAGAGGAUGAAGCAACAGCAACUUGCCUCUGCGGCGCCGUUCAACUUUCAUUUCCAACCCAAGGCCGCGGUCUUCUCAACCGCUUCAUCUGCCAUUGCACAGACUGCCGCAAGAUCUCCUCUUCCAUGUUCUGCUCCAACUUUUCAGUUGCCGACAGCCACCUCCGCCACGUCCGUGGCAAAGACAACCUCAAGUCCUUCAGCCAGUCCCGCACCAUCGCGACGGGCAACGACAUGGCGAACCACUUUUGCGACACCUGCGGCACGCUCAUGUACCGCGUCAGCUCCGGCUUUCCUGGUAUGAGCAUUCUCAGGCUCGGCACUAUUGAUGACUUCCGCCUCGUGGAGACGAAGCUGAAGCCGCAGGUAGAGCAGUUCAUCGACACGCGCGCAUCUUGGUUGAAGCCUGUUGAUGGGGUUAUGCAGUUGGACCGUAUGCUUACUGCGCAGGAUAUCAAGAGUCUUUUAUAGGCACAUAGUCAAUACAGCAAUUCUUCCCCAAUGGUAGAGCACACAGUAAAGCAGCUAGAUUGCAUGAUGGUUUAGUCUCAG